CUGUCGCAGUGCGCGGCCGGAGCCAGCGGAGCCGGCGGCCCCAGCGGGCCGGGCCGGGCCGGGCCGGGCGGUGCCAUGAAGGGGAAAGAGGAGCGGGAGGGCGGCGCGGCGGGGCCCGGGGCGGCGGGGCCGGGCGCGGGGGGCGGCAGCCCCGAGAAGAGCCACAGCGCGCAGGAACACAAGGAGCAGGGAAACCGGCUCUUCGGCGGCCGCAAGUACCCCGAGGCCGCCGCCUGCUACGGGCGCGCCAUCAACCGCAACCCCUUGGUGGCCGUCUACUACACCAACCGAGCCCUCUGCUACCUGAAGAUGCAGCAGCACGACAAGGCGCUGGCGGACUGCAAGCGAGCCCUGGAGCUGGACGGCCAGUCGGUGAAGGCUCACUUCUUCCUGGGCCAGUGCCAGAUGGAGAUGGAGAACUACGACGAGGCCAUUGCCAACCUGCAGAGAGCCUACAAUCUCGCCAAGGAACAGCGGCUGAAUUUUGGGGAUGAUAUCCCCAGCGCGCUGCGCAUCGCCAAGAAGAAACGCUGGAACAGCAUCGAGGAGAAGCGGAUCAACCAGGAGAACGAGCUGCACUCCUACCUGACCAAGCUGAUCAUGGCGGAGAAGGAGAGGGAGCUGGCCGAGUGCCGAAAGACUCAGCAGGAAGAAAACGUGGACGAGAGCCGGAGCCGAGUUCAGCUGGCCAGCAUCGAGGCCAAACACGACAAAUACCUGGCGGACAUGGACGAGCUCUUCUCUCAAGUGGAUGAGAAGAGGAAGAAGCGGGACAUCCCUGACUACCUGUGCGGGAAGAUCAGUUUUGAGCUGAUGAGAGAGCCCUGCAUCACACCCAGCGGGAUCACCUACGACAGGAAGGACAUCGAGGAACAUCUCCAGCGCGUGGGUCAUUUCGAUCCGGUGACGCGGAGUCCCCUGACCCAGGACCAGCUGAUCCCCAACCUCGCCAUGAAGGAGGUGAUAGACGCCUUCAUCUCGGAGAACGGCUGGGUGGAGGAUUACUGAGGGGCCGAGGGGGGCAGCGCUGGCCUGCCUGGGCCCCCCCCUCCAGCCACGGCGGCACAGACGGCUCUCGCCGGGCUGGCACCAUGCCUUACUCGCUCUCUGGCUGUUCCCCCUCCGCUCCGGGUGCCCAGCGGCAGCGCUGGGCGAGGGCGCGUUGCCAUCUCCCCUUCCUGAGAAGCCACAGUGGCCGAGUGGGCACAAAGGCUCCCUGGGUUCCCCUCUCCACCGGCUCCCCGUUGACCGUGGCGCUUGGAGGAAGACCUGCCCAGCGGUUUGGAGAAGGCCGGCUCAGUGCGGUGGCCUGGAAGGUCUCACCGACGUCUUCAUCACCGGGAGAACAGGGUCCCCCUCGGCUACGGCAGCUGACAAUCCCCAAAGCUUGCGUCCUGCUCCAGGGAGGUGCCGUGAGGAGCUUGCUGGGACCAGCACCCGGUGCUGGUCUGGCCCAGUCCCCUCCCUGUGUACAUAUUUGUUUCCUUCUCGUUCCACCUCCUGCCUGGCCAGGGUCAUGUCCUCCUCUCUCCUGUAAAUAGCCGCUUGCCGGGGUGGGAGACCAACAUUCCCACUGUGGAUGCCGACUUGCCCUCCGGCUUUUCCUGGGAAACUGCUGCCCCGGGCUGGAAGGGGCUCACUCACGUGUCCCCUCGCCCAUCAGGACCGUGGUUCCCUGUGAACAACUGCCUGGGUUAAACGUUCUUCUUCCUUUUAAUGAAAUUCCUUUAAAAAAACCAACCAACAACAAAAUAAAAAACCCACCCAACCAAAAACCACACACAAAAGAAAACAACCAACAAAUCCACAGCCGACGGAGAUUGCAGCGUUUCAGUCGGCUGACAGCCUGCCUGGCUUCUGAGCGCCCUCUGGAAGUUUGCCAAUGUCAAUUAUAAUAAAAAUGUAAAAAUUAAAAAAAAAAAAAAAUUCAGCAAUAAA